CGACGACUCUUUCGGGCGUUUCUCCCACGUUCGUUCAACGUUUCUGUCAAGUUCGUAAAGCUGCCGGUCAAUCACGGAAGGAAGACUUCGUCAUCAUGUUGAUUCCGACUCGCCACAUCAUUCUCUUCGCAAGUCUCGCAAGCCUCCUCGUCUCAACUGGCCGUGCCGAUCAACCUCGGGAAGAGGUUGCUCUGUUCAUCUUCGGCGACUCCAUUAACGACGCUGGGACCAACAACUACAUAAACACCACUGCAGACUUUAGAGCAAACUUUCCUCCUUAUGGCAACACGUUCUUCCACAACCCCACUGGCAGAUUCUCCGAUGGUCGUCUCAUUGCUGAUUUUAUCGCUGAAUUUGCAAAGCUGCCGCUGAUUCCACCGUAUCUCCAAAUGAAAGAUGGUGAAUUCAUGGCAGGGACGAAUUUCGCGUCUGGUGGAGCAGGUGCCCUGGUCGACACUUACAAAGGAUUUGUGGUGGAUUUCAAGAUGCAGCUGAAGCAGCUUAAACAACUAAGGAAGAAGCUGAGGAAGAAGAAGGGGAAAGACCAGGCGAACAGGAUAAUUAGGGAGGGCGUUUACUUGAUCAGCAUCGGAAGCAACGAUUACUUGAUGCCUCUCGUCUAUAAUCCUGCCCUGUUUCAGUCCAUUUCCAUGGAAGAUUACGUGGGGAUGGUAAUUGGAAACAUCACCACCGUGCUCAAGGGAAUGUACAAAGUAGGAGGGAGGAAAUUUGCAAUGAUGGGAAUAGGGCCUCUUGGGUGUGUGCCAGGUAUGAGACUAUUAACCAGAAAUGGUUCUUGCUUAGGUGCAGCCAACAAGCUCGCCAUGCUUCACAACACUGCUCUUACUUCAAUUCUCGCCAAACUGGAGACUCGACUACACGGAUUCAAGUACUCCUACUUCGACUUCUACGCUUCAGGCAGUGAGAAAAUCCGACACCCAUCAAAGUAUGGUUUUAAGGAAGCGGAAAAUGCGUGCUGCGGUUCAGGUCCUUAUAAGGCAAGUCCGACGUGUGGAGGCAAGAGAGGAGUGAAGGAAUAUUCAUUAUGCCGUCAUCCUGAGAAGUUCCUCUUCUUUGAUACCUACCAUCCAAGUGAAAGGGCAAACAAGCAAUCUGCUCAGUUGAUGUGGAAUGGGAGUUUGAGUGUAAUUAGACCUCGCAACCUAGAAGCAUUGUUCAAAUACGAGCAUGUUUAAUUUUUUUUUUUCUCAAAGUCGUAAGUGAAUAACCACGACUAACUCAACUGUCAUAUCAUGAAUGACGGGGAAUAGUUUUGGAAUGAUGUAUGAUUGCACUCCUAUUAAAGAACAGGAUGUUUAAACCAUCUCAAGCACUGUUCAGGUGGAGAA